CCGGCCCCGCCCCCACGCGGAGUGGGCGGUGUCUGCGGUGGCGCAGGCGCAGUGCGCGCUCCGCCCGGCCCGGCUGCGGGAACCCGGAAGCGCCGGGCGGUGCGGCCGCCAUGGGGCUCUUCGGGAAGACCCCCGAGAAGCCGCCCAAGGAGCUGGUCAAUGAAUGGUCCUUGAAGAUAAGGAAAGAAAUGAGAGUGAUUGAUAGACAGAUCAGAGAUAUCCAGAGGGAAGAGGAGAAGGUGAAGAGGUCAAUAAAGGAUGCUGCCAAAAAGAAUCAGAGAGAUGUGUGUGUGAUCUUGGCCAAGGAGCUGGUCCGCUCUCGGAGGGCUGUGAGCAAACUCUAUGCAUCCAAAGCUCACAUGAACUCAGUUCUCAUGGGGAUGAAGAACCAGCUUGCUGUCCUCAGAGUAGCAGGUUCAUUGCAGAAAAGCACAGAAGUCAUGAAAGCUAUGCAAAAUCUAGUAAAAAUCCCAGAAAUCCAAGCAACAAUGAGGGACUUGUCCAAAGAGAUGAUGAAGGCUGGAAUUAUAGAGGAAAUGCUGGAGGACACCUUUGAAGGCCUGGAGGAUCAGGAGGAGAUGGAAGAGGAAGCUGAGGCAGAAAUUGACAAAAUCCUUUUUGAAAUUACAGCUGGGGCCUUGGGUAAAGCACCCAGUAAAGUCACAGAUGCUCUGCCAGAGCCUGAGCCCAUGGGAGCAGCAGCUGCUGCCGUGGAUGAGGAGGAGGACAUCGAGGCCAUGCAGUCACGGUUGGCCACCCUGAGGAGCUAGGGCCAGCAUGGGAUGUGUACAGUUGGUUUGAUUUUAUUCUGUCCUACCUUCAAAAUGCAAAAUUCAAUGUAUUCUCACUUAUGUAAUAUAUAUAUAUUUUUUUUCUUCCUGAGGAUUUUUUCCUCCAAGACACUACUGUAAUAUACUUCUUGGGGAGUGCAGUCUCUUCCAGUUUUCUGUUCAGCCCAUGUUUCCUGUGGUGACAUGGCAAGGGUGGUGUAAUGUUAUGUAUUUUUAGAUAUAAAGUCCUGAAAUAUAUUCUCAUAUUCAAGCAGCAUUUCUCUCUUAACAGGCACUUUGGUUUAAUCUGUUACCAAAAACCUCCAGCACUGUCAGAUCUGUGUUUUCCUGAAUCAAUACAAAUUUUAUUAAAGCUGCUUCUAACAGUCA